AUGUCCGGAACUUCAAAAUCCAGUCAGCCCCGUACUCUAUCGACCGCAGAAGGCUUUAUUUGUGGCGGUAUCGCGGCAUGUAUCGCGGUCACCGUAUCAAAUCCAGCAGAGGUCGCAAAGACGAGGUUGCAAUUGCAAGGAGAGUUGGCAAAAGGUGGAGGCGUCCGGGUCUACAACAACUCGCUGGACGUGUUAAAAAAGACCUGGAGGAAUGAAGGCAUUCGAGGUUUGCAGAGAGGCCUUGGUCCUGCAUAUGUUUAUCAAAUCCUCCUGAACGGGUCUCGACUUGGCUUCUAUGAACCGUUUCGACUGGCUGCAAACAGUCUUCUGGGAUGGGCUCCUUCAGACCAAGUGGUCAUGACAUCCGUAUUCGCCGGUGCCUCGAGUGGAGCAGUUGGAGCUACGCUCGGAAACCCGCUGUUCUUGGUGAAAGCACGGAUGCAGGCUUAUUCGCCUUCACUUCCGGUCGGAACCCAACACAAAUACAGGAGCUCUCUUCACGCUCUGUCUACGAUUUUCAAAGCCGAGGGUCCCCGUGGUCUCGUGAGAGGCGUCGAUGCUGCAAUUCUGAGAACAUCCAUGGGUUCUUCUGUACAACUACCCAGCUACAACUUCACUAAGCGAACGCUGGUAAAGAACAACAUUCUCCCAGAAAACAGCACAUGGACAUUCCUUGUCAGCAGCGCGGUUUCCGGUGCAUGUGUUCUUGUGGUCAUGCAACCCGCGGACACGGCUUUGACGCGGGUUUACAAUCAACCAACCGUGAUUGGUCCAGACGGCAGGGUGCGGGGUGCCUUGUACAAAAACCCGUUGGACUGUCUUUGGAAGACAUUCAAAACAGAGGGUGUGCGAGGCUGGUAUAAAGGCUCAACAGCCCACUUCAUGAGAAUUGCGCCCCACACAAUUAUCACACUAACCGCUAACGACAUUAUCCUCAAUCUCUACAAAAAAGCCAAGUUUGGACACCUAGACCAGGAUGCUGAUUCGUAA